AGGCAGGACCAGGGGUUAGGGAGGCUUGGUUCUUAUUCAGUAUUCCUUUAAUAGUCCUGGUGCCUCGGAGAGAAUUUCAUCCUGUGGGUCUGUUUCCACAUCUCUAACGCGAGUGUGUUGGCUUAGGUGUUCUUCACUCCUCCUCGAAGUAAGAGUUUUGAAGUUGUCCUCACAGAUGGAAUGCUGUUAGCCAAACCCACAGUCUAGGAAGGCAUAUGGAGACAGUGAAAUCAAAUACCUUCCUUGCCUAUAUUUCUCUGAGUCCUUUGUUAGUUUUGAAGAAACACUGGUGCUCUCCUAGUUGAUCUUAACUCUUGGGAUUCAGGGAGAUGCCUCCUUGACCCUGCCCAUGACUGGCAUCAUGGCCUGGAGCUGAGCAUCUCAUGCUGUCCCGACUCACUUGUACCAACCCCAACAGGAUACAGAAUACGGGUCAUUUCCUUAUUCUCUUUAUGCUGCCUCCUUGUUUGGUCACGUCUGUGAAACGUCCUUUUGUAGAACUUCCAUUUUGGUUCCUAGGAGACUCCCCUCACCAUAACAUUCACAAAAACCUUUUCUGAAACUAGAAUCUGGUGGUCAGUGAUUUAUUUCUGGAAAAAAUUUACUUCUGAAAAUAAAGAAUUAUAAACAAAAAGAAAACUGUGACUGGUAAGUCCACUAUCCAGAAACCAUCUGUCAACAUUUUGCCUCAUUUUAUUGUAGUAUUUUCAUUCACAUUGAUGAGACAUUUUGUAAAUACAAUUUGUAUCCUGCAUUUUUCUUUUAUUGCCAUAUUAUGAGCAUCUCCUUAGCCAAUAGAAUAGAAUUGGCAUGGCCGUGCACUGUUUUCAUACAAGAGGUGAAUCAUAACAGUCAUUUCCUUAAUGUUGGAUAUUAAACUUGUUGCCAAUUUGUCAAAGGGCAUAAAUCCCACAGUUGAACCCUUCACACACAUAGUGGCUCCUUAGCAUUAUGGAUUUGAAAGAGUAAGGCAGCUAGACCUAGGAGGGAGAAGAAAAGGAACGGAUAUGUAAGAGUUUCUGUUUUCUUCCAAGCACUGAGAGCAGGGUACUCGGUCCUUUAUGUUAACCCUCAGAACAAUCACUGGAGCUAGGUUUUCCAGAUGGGAAUUGGAGACUUGGGGAGAUUCAGGGGUUUGAUGAUCAGGUUUCACAGCUGGUGGAAGCUGCUUCACGAUUCGAUCCUGGGUACAUCAAGCUGCAUAAUUGGCUUCUCCCUUGCUGCCCUGCUGCUUGGAGGCAGAAAGAAUCUGUGGGGUCUGGGACCUGUUGUAGGGAGCUGGUGAGUCCACCACCAAAAAGAGUGGUCAGGUUGCAGGGGAAGGGGUGCUUCUCUGCACAGAGUCCAGUGGAAAUGGAGCUGCCCGGGGGCAGUGGAGGCAGUGAGUGUUCCAGCUGUGGGGCCUGGAGAGACCCAGUCCCCUGGGGCUCAGGGCUGUCAGCCAAGGUUUGCAGCCUGCUCUGCUGGAGACAGAGUCCAGGUCUCUGUCUCAUCAGCUCCUGCUCUUGUCCAUGCUUUUCUUUACCACUUCUUAUAAAUCUGAAUCAAAUUUUCUUGACGUUAUACUCAUAAAUUUGAAGUGGGGUUCUUACCAGGCCUGUCAGUAAGAUGGAAAAGGGAGAGUGAGUAGAGGUGAAUUCUAGGAAUUUGGGCUAUUUUUAAACACAGACUUGUUAUUCUAAGGCUUGCAGGUCACUAGUACCAGAGAAGAAUUCUACAGGCAUGUUAGCUGGUGCUGGUGUUAAAACAAUUAGGCUCAAAAUGACAACUAAGAGGGUGUGUGUGUGUGUGUGUGUGUGUGUGUGUGUGUGUAACCACUCUUCCUCUUCCUUUUCCUUACAUUGUUGGGGAGCUUGCUUGGGAAUGCCUUGUGCAGGGCCAGCUGUGUCAGUGGGAAAAGGGGUGAUCUUAGAAGGGAGUGCUGGGCCCUUUCUGUGGGGAGCUGGUGACCCCUAAUCCCCUGUCGUCCCACUGCAUGCAUAGGUGUCUCUUCAGACCUGUUGCCUCUCCCCUGUGACAUCAGCCUUCCCUUCUGUAAAAUGCAGGCUAGGAUUAGAACCUUUGUAAACUCCUCUUCAGCUAUGGAAGCAUCCUGUGAUUGAGAACGCAGGUGCCUCUCAGCGUGCUAUUUUAUGGUCAAGUUGCUUCCCUGCCUUCCCCCUCUGGCACCAAUUGUGCCUGACACUCUAGUUCAGAGUUCCAGGCAGUGCUGCUUGUGGACAUGGAGUCUCUGGGAGGGAUGGGAGACAGCUUUGUCUGGUCCUUCCUUGUCUUCAUCAUUCUUCAUUAUCUGGACCCACCCCUGCUCACACUUCCCAGCACCUCCCACUUUACCCUAUUACAGCCUCAUUGCAGUUCCACAACCCCUCUGCAGAGGCUCAUGACUCUAGGCUGUGCCCUGGCCAUUCCCUCCCCUGGAAUGCCCUCCUCUCCAAAACCCUCAUCUCAUUUGAAAGGAGAAACUCUAUACCUGGCAUCUCAAUCAUUUUUUCCUAUGGCCAUCCCUCCAGCUAGAAUAAGGCAGGGUCUGUGGAAUGCUCUGAGGUGGGGGCUGAGCUCAGACCAUGAUCCCUACCCUCUGGGUUCACAUCCUGGCUGCCCUGCUUGUUGGCUGGGUAGCCUUGGGCAGCAUUUGUACCCCAUCUCCCCAAUCUGUACAAUGGAAAUAGUAACAAUCCUCAGCUCGAGGGGUUGUUCCAAGGAUUCAAUGAGUUAAAACAGGUCAGGUUCUUGGAGCAGCAUCUGGCACACAGAAAGAAACAGAUACUUACUAGCUUCGUUGUUGGGCUGAGCAUGGUGGCCAGCAUGAACUCGAUGCUCUGUGUGUCUUUGCUGGAUGCAUUUAUAAUAAAGCACAUGGAAAAGCUAUGGACGUUGCACUGAUGAGGGAAUCUGAGAGAAGAAACAGGACACCGAACGCCCUCCCUGGAAAGAAAGUGCAGAUGAUGAGAAAGGUCGUUGGGUACCUGUGUGCAUGUUUGGUUGAUGGGGAAGACAGGCAGACUUAAAAGCAGACAUUUGUUUUUAUGUUAUUUUAUUUUUUAAAUAGACACAGUGUCUCCCUCUGUUGCCCCCCAGGCUGGAGUACAGUGGUGCCAUCAUAGCUCACUGCAGCCUCAGACUCCUGGGCUCAAGCCAUUCUCCUGCCUCACCCUCCUGAGCUGCUGGGACUAUAGACCACCACACCCGGAUAACUUUGCAUUUUCUGUGGAUUCAGGGUCUCACUAUAUUGUGUAGGUAGAUCUCAAACUCUUAGCCUCAAGUGAUCCUUCCACCUUGGCCUCCCAAAGUGCUAGAAUUAGAGGCAUGAGCCACCAUGCCCAGCCCAGACUUUCCUUAUCAGUCUCUUCUUUCCCUAAGGCCAACCCUUUUCUUACAGACCGGAACAGUCUUCAGCUCACAUACCCACCCCUUACCCCUGCCUGUCACACACAUUUCCAUUUACACCAUUUGUAGGUACAGAAGACAAAAACCUAAGAAUGGAGUUGGGGGUGUAUGGUGUUUUGUUCUUCAAAGAGCAAGAUUGUAAAGGAAACCUGUAAUUGGGAAGGUUUUAUUUCUUGCUCUCAGCAGUGUAGAGAUGUGCACUAGUCCUUCUCACUUAACUUCUGUUGCAUCCAAAGAAGGUAGGAAAAAAAGAAGAGCAUAUAGAAAAGCAACUCAAAGCUUUUCCUCAAAUUAGCUCGGAGCAGUCACAAAAUAUUGUCAACGGUGACAGAAAUUACAGACAAAGGAGGAGAGGACCUGCUGGAGCUUUUGACACCAGCUUACAUGCAGCUAAGGGGAUUCACUGUUCCACCCACCCUCAGGAACACCUCUUAGUAGAAAGUAAAAAACUACAGUUAAGUUACAGUGGAAUAUUUUAGUCAAUUUCUAUGAGAAAGAUUAUUGAUCUGAGAAGUUGGUAACAGAUAAUGAGUAUUGAAGAAAAACAUUUCAUUUUCUAAGCAUUGCUGCCUUGAAAAGCCCUCUCUCCGUUUAUAUCUACAUGACUCUGUAGUGUAGAACUCCAGAACCUUGGUUGUGAAAGGCGUUUUAGAAAGGAUCUACUUAGGCCGGGCGCGGUGGCUCACGCCUGUAAUCCCAGCACUUUGGGAGGCCGAGGCGGGUGGAUCACGAGGUCAAGAUAUCGAGACCAUCCUGGUCAACAUGGUGAAACCCUGUCUCUACUAAAAAUACAAAAAAUUAGCUGGGCAUGGUGGCGUGUGCCUGUAAUCCCAGCUGCUCAGGAGGCUGAGGGCAGGAGAAUUGCCUGAACCCAGGAGGCGGAGGUUGCAGUGAGCCGAUAUCGCGCCAUUACACUCCAGCGUGGGUAACAAGAGGGAAACUUCGUCUCAAAAAAAAAAAAAAGAAAGAAAGAAAGGAUUUACUUAAAAUCCCUUUUUAUCAUAUAAACAACAAAAUGGAGGCCCAACAAGAGGUGGCUUGUCCAAGGACUCAGGCCAGCGUAAGUUGUAAGCCAUUCAUUUGAUUCAGCUGGAGGCCCUUGGGCCUCAUCGCACCAUGAUAGUAUUAAGGAAAGAGGAAGGAUCAUGCUCUCACAUUUGUAGCCUCUGCCCUGAAAGAGCCUCCUCUUCCUCCGUUUGUUUCAUCUUUGGCCUGCUGCAGCCUUCAUAGUAGGCAGCUUUCCUGAUUUCUUCUUGUUCAGUCUUGAAAUUUAACACCCUCAAAUUUUUUUUUUUUUAAGAUAGGGUCUCACUCUGUCACCCAGACUGGAGUACAGUGGCAUGAUCACAUUUCCCUGCAGCCUCAGCCUCCCAGGUUCAAGUAAUCCUCCCACCUCAGCCUCCCAAGUAGUUGGGACCACAGGCAUUGCCACCAUGCCUGGCUAAUUUUUAUGCUUUUUUUUUUUUUGGUAGAGAUAGGGUUUCAUCGUGCUGCCUAGGCUGGUCCUGAACUUCUGGGUUCAAGUGAUCCACGUGCUUCAGCCUCCCAAAGCACUGCAGUUAAAGGCAUGAGCCACCAUGCCCAGCCAGCACCCCACAUUUAACAACUCACAAAUGGAUUUUUUCUGUCUCCUGCCUCUUACCAGCAUACACUGAUAGCAAAGGCAAAAUGGUGUCAUCUAUACAUCCUGUGUGAUCAUGCAUCAUUGAGGCUUUUUGCAAUGUUGGCCUAGCCUGAGUCCUGCUGGCUGCAGAGCCUUCUCAGACAAUGCUGUUCAUACAAGGGGGCCCCACCAUAGAUGGGCCAAUAUCACACAGGGGUUCAGCUCAUCUCUCUUUGAAUGGCCUUGGGUAAGAUGUGACUUGUCAUACUGGAAGUGUGUUUUCUGUGUAUCCCCAUCUUCUCUUCCCCCAUCCACAUUUUUGCUGUCCCACUGCUUUUUCCUGGGCUAAAAUUUAGGGGUUGGCGGUCAUCAUGAGCAAUGGAAUUCAAUUUUUAUUUGCAUUCUGGCUCUAUUGUUAAUUAGUUCCAUAACUCAGAGAAGUUGCUGAAGUCCUGGGUUAGUUUACUCAUCUGUAAAAUGAGUAUGUUUUUUUCUUCCAUAGCUGUUGUACUGAUUAAAUGGAGUAAGAAACCAGUAAGUAGAGAGUAGACAUUCGAUGCAUAUUAGUUUCCUAAGCUUCUGAGGCACCUGAGUGUGGAAAUAACACACAGGUUACUUCCAACUCUGAUCAUGGACUCUGGUUCCCAAAUUUGAUUCUCAGAGCAGAUGUGACCUUGUGGGGACCAGGCAUGAGGACAGGCAUCUUGCAGAGCCCCCCUCUGCCCUUCCUCUGGCAAAGAAUCUUGUUGCUGGUCUGCCACUUACCCUGCAUUUUGAGAAGCUAGAACUCCACAGACCCAAGUCCAAGUCCUCCAAUGCUUCAUGGGGGGUGUCAAAUCCAAAGGAUGCUGCUGAGUGUCAUCCCAAGCAGACAGGCCUAGAGUCAGGCUGGGGGAACUGGCUUAGCCAAGGCUGCCUCUGAAGACAAUAUAACAACUCAAAAUGAGAGGGUCUGAAGUUCAGGCUUGAUUCAGAUUGGUGGCGAUUUCUCCAGGGUUUAAUUCUUAGGAGCCCCCUGGCAGGAUGACAGUGGGCAACCAUAUUGCAUGAUGGGCCCUUUGCAGGGAGGACUUUAGCUCUCAGUUAGAGGUCGGGGAACCAUGUCCAGGGGCUGGCAGGACUUUCAGGGGCCCAGCCGAGAGGACUGCAGUUUCUAGUGGGUCCCAGCUACCGCAGCUAAGUGAAACACAAAACAGGAUCUAGGCUUCAUGAUAGGGCACACCAAGGCUUGGUGGAAACUCAGAGGUUUCCUGAGUUUGGGUCUGCAGCAGCAGAAUUCACCCCGUGCCCCACCCUGAUUGGCGUUGGCUGCAUGGAGGCUGCAGAUGUAGGGCUGUAUAGCUAAAGCUAAGCGAGGUAGGGAGCCCUAGCCUCUCCCCUGCUUAGCAUCCCCUCCUCUGCACCCUGACUCAGUAGCCACAGGUGCAGGGGCACCUGCUUCUGAAACCACUGAGCACUGCAGCAUGUCCACCUUGAAGGCACUGGGCAUGUGCUGGGCUGGCUCAGUGUUCAGCCUGCCACCUGGCCGACAGCGUCAUCCAGAUGAAGGAGGCAUGCAGAGGUGUGGGACAGCUGGGUGCCCGCCUCCUCCCUCCUCACCAGCUCUUCCCACCCCCUUUCUUUCCUUUCUUCCUUCUAUGAUGUCACCUCUCGCCACUGCCCCCAUACCCUCAUCCCCUCGGCUUCCUGACUGCAGGGCCGCUGCUGUGAGUGGUAGGUACUGAUUAAGAUGGAUGGAUUGGUGAGAGGCAUUCAAUGUGACUUGAAUAAAAAGCACCCCAGCCUUGCCUGGGCGCGAGAGCUACCAGCCAAAAAGUGACGUCACUCAGAAGAUUACUUUACUACUGGAGCUUGUCCUUAAAAUAGUAAGAGCCCUCUGUGUUCCAUUCUGGUUUCUAUUUAUAUAAAUGUAGAUACACACACAUAUACAUUUUUAAAAAUAAUCUUGCCUCUCUUUCCCACCUCCCACUUCUCUUUCUCCGUGCUAUUUGCUAGAGACCAGACACCCAUUUUUAAAAGACAUGUAAAGAAUCCACAGUCAUUGGGAAAGGUGACAUUCUAUGACCUUCGGAGGUGGCUUGCCACCUCAGGUUGGCAUGGGGGUUGGUUAGCACCAUUCGGGAACUUCGUGAGAUCAUGGAGACAUCCAUUUGGUGGUGUUGUCCCAGGGGCUGUGGACGUGCCUCAAGGACCAUCCCCUCUUCCCAGCUCCUGCGUCAGUCACAUCAUCACGUGUCUCUUGGAGACUUCCUCUCUGGAUGCAGAAUUGACUUGGUGCACAGUCACUGCUUAGCUAACAGGAGGGAGGAGGUCAGGGAAUUUGUUCAAGGUCAAUGGUGAGAGGAGGAUCUGUUCUAGGUUCUUUCUCUUGAUCCAGUCUAGGUCUUCCUUCGUGAUAAGAACAAGAGAGAUUAGAGUUCCCUUUAACAAGCUGAAUCUGUCCUCAAGGCUUGCAGGCUGCUGCUCAUUCAAGGUUGAGCCCUGAAUUUCUCACUAUCUGAAGGAAUAGAGACCUUGUUUAGAAGCAGUGCCAGUGAGCUGAUGAGAGGAGCACAUCUGCCCCUCCACACCGAGAGGGCAUCGGGGACCAGUUAGACACAGAGCUCCAGCACAGUCAGAGGGAGGGCCUUUCAGAUAGAUGGAAUCUUUAUUCUAAUAAGCAGCCAUUAAAAUCUGUUGGUCUGUGGGGUGUGUGUGUGUGUGUGUGUGUGAGAGAGAGAGAGGGAGAGAGAGAGAGAGAGAGAGAGAGAGAGAGAGAGAGAGAGAGAGAGAGAGAGAGAGAGAGAGAGAUUGAGAGAGUUUAUGGUUAAUGGGGCUAUAGAAUUUACCACCAUCUAUUAAUUUGUUGUAACCUCCUUUAAAAACAUUUGACGGCUGAACAGCAACAGGCAGGGUGAUGAUGAUAUCAUUGUGCUGCUAUUUAUAGAUCUCCAUCCCCUGAAUAGUGCAGACCUUGGUAUUUAGACUGUGGAGGCCUGUCGGCAGAACUCGGGCCCAGGUCUGUGUUUCCUGCUGUACCGUCACAUGGCUGUCUCAUGACAUCUGUUGUUGGCCACCUGUUUAUAGACAGGAAGCUAGAAUGUGGAUACAGGAUCUAAGCGGGGAAUAGAAUGAUCUGGGUUUAUUUUUCUACUCUUGUUUUUUUAGUAGGCUUUACCCGUUUCUUAUAUUUGGGAGCAAAAACAGGAAAGAACAGUGUUUGAGCCAAUUCCAAACUAGAUACAUGGUCAGGUGAAGAAAGAAAAAUGUUCUUUUACACAGAAUGGAGCAAGAAAAUUGAGAGGGAAUGGGAGAAAAACGCUGAAGGAAAAUUACCCAAGACAGUAAUUCUGCAACUUUACCUUUAAAUAAAUUUGGACUAGAAAUCGUGAUUCUGGUCUUGUUUGGGUCAAGAGGUUAAUCACUGAUUGACCACUGAAGUUCACAGAGAACCCUGCUUGAACAAGGGUCACACUUUGCAUGGAAGAUUCCCUAUAGUAUGCUUUUAUAUUGAUUUGAGCUGUUGUUUUGCCUCAAACUAAGAACUAUAGCAACCCUGAGGACCCAGAAAAGAUAGACUCAUCCUGUUUAGGUCUUAACAUCGAAAUUAAUCUUGAAAUGGAACUUAUUUCUUUGGCCAGUUUCUGAAUGAUAACUAUCCCCGGGCCAGUCAGUCAACCAAGUUAGCAAGGAAGAGCUAACUGGAAUCCAAAGUGAAAGAGGUAGUUGCAGCUACAGGAAAGCUUUGAACUCUGAGAACGGGGCUGAGCCACAGUGGACUAUGACCAUGGACAGUUCCCCGUAGCGCCAGAGCAGACUUUUCAGCACCACGGCCAGCACUUACCCACUCCCAGCUACUGCGGAUGUGAAAAUAGCAGUAAGAUGUUCCCAGCCUGGCGCGGUGGCUCAUGCCUCUAAUCCUAAUCCAAGCACUUUGGAGGCCAAGGCGGGCGGAUCACCUGAGGUCGGGAGUUCAAGACCAGCCUGACCAACAUGGUGAAACCCCGUCUUUAAUAUUACAGCAGGGUUUUUAUUCAAAAAAAAAAAAAAAAAAACCAGUUAAAAAAAAAUAUUUUGGGAGGCCAAGGUGGGCGGAUUACCACCUGAGGUCGGGAGUUCGAGACCAGCCCGACCAACAUGGCAAAACCCGGUCUUUACCAAAAAUACAAAAAUUAGCUGGGCGUGGUGCCAGGCACCUGUAAUCCCAGUUACUCAGGAGGCUGAGGCAGGAGAAUCGCUUGAAAAACGGGAAGUGGAGACUGCAGUGAGCCAACAUCAUGCAGCUGCACUCCAGCCUGGGUGACAGAGUGAGACUCUUUUUCAAAAAAAAAAACAAGACAUUCCCCUUGUAUUCACCAUGUAUUACAUGGAGAUACACACCUGUAAUCCCACACUUUGGGAGGCUGAGGCAGGAGUAUCGCUUGAGCCUAGAAGUUCGAGACCAUCCUGGGAAGCAUUAUGAAACCUCGUCUCUACAAAACAAAACAAAACAAAAAACAGGUUUUUAAAUUAGCUGAGCAUGGUGGUGCAUGCUUGUGGUCCCAGCUACUCUGGAGGUUGAGGUGGGAGGAUUGCUUGAACCUGAGAAGUUGACUGUACAGUGACCCAUGAUUGCACCAUUGCAUUCCAGCCUGGGUGAUAGAGUGAGUCCCUGUUUCAGCAACAAUAAUAGCAGACAUUACCCAGCAGCUCCACACUCUUAGUAUCUUCCAGCCACAGUAAGUUGUGUCCAUGGACAGCUCCCACCAGGGGCAGAACAGGCUUUCCAGCACGAUGGACAAUGUUUUUUCUCCAACUACUGCCAGUCUGGAAAUAACAGACAUGCGGCUCCCCAGCAGUUCCACGGUCUUAAAAUCUCCCAGCCACGAUGGGUGUGACCAUGGACAGCUCCCUACGGGGCCAGAGUAGGAAUUUCAGCACCAUGGCCAGCACCCUAGCCCUGAAUUCCCACCUGCUGGUGUAAGAAUAACAGUAAGACAUCCACAGCAGCCUCCUUUUCUAAGAACCCCUGGAUAGAGACAUCUUUGUACUAGUUCACUUCUUUGCUGCCACUGCAUGGAAAAUCACAUGCAAGUAUAAACCUCUACUCAUUCAAAUGCCUGGCUGUCACAAAACUUUUUGUUUGCUUGUUUUGAUAUAGCGGGUCUGUCAUUUCUAGAACUUCUAAUAUGAGGUGGGGCACUGUUGUCCCAGUCAGCAUUUACAAGGUACACCACUGCUGUCUGGGAGAUAAUGACCGCCUAUUGCGGAUCACACACAGAAGCAGCGUCUAUGACCUGAUUCCCAGUUCGGGAUCUGCUCUGCAGACCUCUGAUUCCCUGGAUACAGAUUGAACCAUGACACACUUCAUCUGAUCCUGCUACAGGUAGAAAACAGAGCUCAGUCAAAAGAUACAAGAAGUGACAAGUUGGUUUGGCUAGAUCAUUUUUACAUGACAUCUGUGAGACUACUUCCCAUUCACAAGGUGGUACUUCUUCCUAAUACUCUGUGACCCAGACAGAAUAUUUGCCUCCUGCAUCAUGAAAAUGUUAUUAAUAAUACUUCUGAACAGUGCUAUGUGCUGGCCACUAUACUAAAUGCUUUCCAUGUAUUAUUUAACAUUCAUAACUUCUGUGAGAUAGAUACUGAUAUUGGUCCAAUGUUAUUAAUAUAUCUGAAAUUAAAAGAGGUUAAGAAACUUACAGAGUGUCACAUAUUCAUCAGGUGAAACCCAGAUUUAAACCUUUUCUUCCAAUCACCCUGCUGUAGUGAGAGCCAUCAUUUUAACCUUUUCUCUCCCAUUCUGGGACUUCUUUCAAUUCCUGAAAUGGAUUUGCUUUUUAAAAUUAAAUAUAAUAUAGGUAUCAAUCAUCUCAGGUCUAAUAGAGUUUACAAUUUCAGGCUAGUUAAGUUUUAGUUAACUACAAUGUCCUAUUGUAAAUCACCAUGGAAUGGCCCCUCUGGCUGUCUUGUUUCCUUACAGGCAAUUCAACAAAAGGAAUUAUCAGAAAACUAUUAGCCCAUCUACAAUUCUGUCACUCUUGAUGGUAUCUCACUACUCAUUUCUGUUAAUCCAAACAAAUAGGUCUUUUAUUCAAUCACUGGGCUCUCCAGGUAACUAGACUUCUUGGGCUUCUGUCAAUCCAAGCAAAUAAGUCUUUUAUUCAAGCCUGUUUAACCUCUGGGCUCUGCAGGUAACUAGACUUACCUGAAUAUUGCCCCCAUGAGGCAUCACCCAGCUCCCUGUAUAACUUCUGCAGAGCUCAUGCCCUGCCUAGGCCACAGACCUCACUCCACUGUCUCUUUCUUGGCACCUAAUCUGGGUGGUCAUGGUGAGUCAGCAGGAGGAUGUAGCUUGCCUAUGGGCAUAUUCAGUGAUUGUUGGGUUGGAAUCUAUUGCUAGUAUCAAGCGGGUCUUUUGUGUGUCUAGGGUACUGCUCUCUGCUUUUUGCUGCCUAAGACAUUGUGACUUUGCCUAAGACAUUGUGACAUUCCUCUUGCCUAAGACAUUGUGACUUUGGGUCAUCAAGGAACAUUCCACAAGCCAGCAGACAGCAAGGGGAAUCUGCACCUUCACUCUGCAGCAGGCCUGUGCUGCAGUCGGCGCCUGCUGAGCAUGAACUCCCUGUCCCCCAGGAGCCCAGGCAUUUCCAUCUCAAGCUCUGUGCACUUCCUUCACUACUUGCCACAAUGGCUUCCUUUUCUGUAGAAGCAGCUCCUGGAGAAGAAACAGAGCCUCACUGGGGUAACUUUUCUUGGCAGGAGGGAGAAGGGGAGAUUGAAGACAAAUAGGAGAGAGUUUUCCAGGUGGCCUGAGCGUUGGUUAAUCCAGCCCUUCACUGUCACCCUCUUCCCCCACUAAGCUGGAAGUAGGGAUGAAAUUAAAAAAUCACUUUUCUUAUAAAAGGAGACGGUCGAGUAUGUGGCCAAGCUGCCUGGGAGCUAGAGUCUGGCAGGGCCUGUGUUCCAGCCUUAGGAUUGGGCAAGGAGACCACAGCCUUCCCAGGGAGCAUCUGUCUCCUGCUGUACAAGUGAUUUCAACUCUGUUGCCCUCUCCUGGUGUGGAAGGAAACUCAGGGGAGAAUUGGCCGGCGUUGGUCUCACUGUGACUGUGGUCAAGGUGCUCUCCACCUGUCUGCCCAUUGGUCACAGGCCCUCUCAGAUGCACCAUAUUUUACUCCAAUUCCUGGCUUGUCCAUUAAAGCUAGAAAUGUCCAGCUCUGUGUUCACUUACGACUAACAUGUUGGAGCCUGCUAGCGUCUGUUGAGCCCCGGCAAGCUGCCAGGUACCUCCUGGGCACUUACUCGUCCCCCCACCUCCUCACAGAGCCAACUGAGAGAGAAUGACAGAGACCACUGGACUGCUGGAAAUACGUGUUUGAAUACUGUUCCACGAUAAGGGUUUUGCUUAACCAUCCAUUCUUGGGUCAGGAGGACCCAUUAGCAUGCUGCUUGUUCAUUUCCGGUGCGCUGACUCAUCCCAAACCAUGCGAUGAUAACCAGCACCCUUUGGUGUUUACAGAACGCUGGUGCAUAUCUGCCCUUUCCAUCUUGAAUCAGCUCAGCGGGGAAGGGUGGGUAAUUGCCAACGGUCAGUAAUUGGCAGAGCAGACACUCAAACCCCGGCCUGACAUCAAACCCUGAACUUCCUGUUGCUUUUUCCUAGAGAGCUCUGUUCUGUUUAGGCUGGGCUCAUAAUCAAAAUAGAACCUAGAGUCAAAUCAAAAAGGAGGUCACCCGAGGCCCCAUUUGGGCCAGGAUGAACCCCCAAACAGUCGGGGGGCAGAAGGCACUCCUGGUGUUCCAGCCAGAGACGAAUGGCACUCUGAACAGAAGUCUUCAACAGCAGGUCCGAGAUACUGAUGGACUCAACGGAAUGUCACUUCUGGGAUGACGGUCCAGUGGGGUUGAUCAGAGGUGGAGGGAAAGAGAUGUGACAAGAAGAUGGGACUGAGGAAUCCAUUUUUGGAAAUUAACAAUAAAUUUAGCUCCAAGAAAAGUUUCCUUUAUUGUGUAUGAUACCUGCUGCAACAAGCAACACACAUCGUCGGAGGGGGUGAGUUCUGGUUCCCAUGGUGGGCUCCGUGGUGGCCCAAGAUCUGAGCAAGAGGACAAGGUGACAGGUGGCCAGCAUGCCCCUCCUCCUUUGCGUGCAGAGUCCACAUCUCUCCUCUCUUUGGGACUUUAGUAUCCCCAUCGGAAAGAGGGGAUACUUCCCUGGUCCUGAGAAAAUGCUACAAAAAGUGAAGGUAGUUAGGACCGCUGGGCCGGGGACUGGCUGAACCUCCAGGCUUGAGUCCCCAAACCACUGACUGGCCUCGGGUAAGUUGCUCACCUUCUCUGAGCAUAAGUUUCUUCCCACAGAGGAGGGGAUGGUCGCCUUUAGUUUUCACGUUCUGUGACCCCCCUGGAAUAUGAAUCCCUAUUCAACUCCAGAAGGUGUGGAGGCUUCUCAUAAUUUUAAAACACAUAAGAACAGGAAACUUAAUACAGAAUUUUUAAAAACCCAAGCAGAAGACACCAAACAACAGACACGCCUAAGUUGAAUGUGACUGCAAUUGAACACUCAAUUUAUUUCUGAGCUUCCUGGCAGCUGAGACAAAAAGGGAAACCUCUUAUAUUUUCUGAUAAAAGGAUGCUUCAAAGUCUCCAUAGGAGACAACUUCCUGGCACUGGAAUCUAUUUGGAGUGUUCGUAUCAAGGGCAGAAAGAACAAUGUCUGGCUGGAAUUUCAUUCAUGAUGCAGAGCUGUUUUAAAAAAUGGGUCUGUUUCAUUUUGCUCCUUUAUAAAAUCUAAGGGCAAAAAUACUACAUUUUAUCCCAGAGAAGGUAGUUCUGUAGUUAAAAUAAUUUAGUCUAUGUGUGUUACAGACAAAACUGAGGCCCAAUUAAUGCUUAAUGAAUUAACAGUCCACCUUGGUGAGGAAAAACAUUGAGAAUCACAGGAAUGAACAGUUGUUACACUGUGUCUUACAAACGUCAGAUGUCUCAGUGAGGCUGGGGCAUUUCUGAGCUGUGACGGUUUCAUGUCGAGAUCCUCCGAGGAACGUUUGUUAUGUCAUUGAGACUCUGUGUCUUGGUGCUUAGGACAGUGCCAGCACAUGGUGAAGAAUAAAUAUUUGUAGUGUCAUAUGUUAGGUUCCAGACACAGAUAAUUCAGGUCAGAAAGGAUCCAAGAAAAUGUCUUGUCCAGUGCCCUCCUUGGACAGAUGAAGAUGCAGAGGGCUGUCACGAUCUCACUACCCAUCCCCUAGGCCACCAUUCUGCCAAGUCUUGGUCCCCUGUCCUUUUGGAUGGCCAGUGUGUUUGCGCAGUUGAGGAACUCAGUCUGUCUUCCCCCGCCUCCAGAGAUCCACAUGAAAAGGGAUGGUGAUGACUUAGUUACGGGCUCCCAGAACACAGAGAGCAGCCAAAGGCAUCUGACCAGAACCCAACAGCCCACUCCUGCUCGAGGUGACAGCCCAGUGAAAUCGUUCACUGCAGCGAGCAUUUGGGGCUCUGACUUACCACCUGAGCAGGGUGAACUCAGCAGGGUCUGUGGGCCUCUGGGGUCAGCAUGGGUUUUUGCUGGAGACCCCACAUGGGAGCAUAGAGGGGCACUUGCCUGUUCUUCUCACACAGGUGAGGGGCAGGGUGGGCAGUAAACUCCCUUGGGACAUCAGCUGCUUCCGGAUACUGUGGCCUCCUGGCUAGCGGUGAGGCUACAAGCUCAGCCCCAGUGGGUGGGAGCCUCCUGUUUCCGCCUUUCAUGUUCACUCUUCUUGUUAAAGAAUGUUAUUCAGUGCUUUUCUCUAGGCUGCACUCUCACAGCUCCUCUGGCCUUUCAGGAUGACUGCCCUGCCAGCCCAUGACUCUGUUUUACAGCUUCCUCUUGGCUUACUCCAUCUUCUCUUGAUUUCCAGAAGCUGUGGGUUCUGGCCGGGGACACCUGCCUAGGAGAGGUGCCUACAUUUGCCAUGUCCUGUUGGCUCACAGGGAGACCUUGCAUCUACUAAUGUGUAGAAUGAAAUCCAUCAUCUUUAAUUAAAUCUACUCCUGGACAGUCCUUUUCCCGGAGUUCCUUUGGCUAUCACUGGGUGUCAUUCCUAAGCAGAUCUAUCUUGGUCUGAGAACGUUGGAACAUAAUUUCUAAGAGUCUGAACAGCCUCCAAAAGCAACACGAUGGGUGGCAAGCUGGCAGGUUGUGGGCGUGAUGGAGACUUUCAGGAACCACACAUCUAAGUUGGAGUUUCUCAAAGUGGCAGCUAAGAUCACCUGCUUCAGGAUCCCUUCGGUGUUUGUAAACAAUACCAGUUCUCAGGCUCAACCUCUGACCCAGGAAACAGAAUUUCUAAGGGUAGUUUUUGAGAAUCAGGAUUUUUGUGACAUAAGACUGUGAUUCUGGCACACUCAGGUUUAGGACCCUCUGCUCCAGUCUCCUAAGGAAAUCUCUAAAAGUUUUUUUUUUUAAUUUUUGCCCCUUCUUGAACUUCAACUUCUAGGUGGAAAAUAGGUCUUCAUUUAACAUACUAAAUUGGAAGUUAUGAAUAAAAGGCUAGCCAUUCCUGUUAUGGAGAGGACAGACUGCUGGAGAAGUUAUCAGCUGUUCCGAGUGGGCAGGUGGCUCCCUAGUCCCAGAGCUCCUGGACUGCCCAAGCCCUGUGCCCAGAAAACUUUCUCUCUCAUUCUCUUCCUCCUCUUCCUCACAGUACCCGAUUUCCUUUUCCUUAUACUCUGCCAUCUCAUUCUCUUUCUCAUUCUGGUGGUUAUAUCAGAUAGGGUGAGGCAGAAGAGAGGUAAUGCUCUUGAGCUGGUAACUGGGGAGAAGGUAAUACAGAGGUGGGUAAACACCGAGGGCUGGUCCCCUGGAGCUAGGGACAAACGUCCCCGGCCUGGAGGACAGGAGGAGGGAGGGUCGUUGCAAUCCAGAAUGAGCUCUGCAGAGGAGCCCACGACAUUGGCUCAACUCAACCCAAGGGAGCCAUAGGCCAGCCCUGAGAGCAUAAAGCCAGGGAGAGCAUCUGGAGGGAACUGGAAGAUGCCAGCCCCAUAGGGAAUGCAAAGAGACACAUGUGCUAUUGAUGCAUUUCACUCAUUGAUUAAGAUGCUAAUUUCUCAGUUCUCUAAUUUUUUAAAUGGGUGAGCUGAGUCCAAUCUUCAGAGGCACUUUUCCCUUUGGCAGAGAGAGAAGUGGGGGCAGGUGAUGAAGGAUGGAGGGGAACCGGGAGGCCUAGGAGUGGUGGGAGAACUGGUUCAAACACCAGCACAGACCGGAUGCAAGGCCGGCAGUGGAGCGGCAACUCCCACCUGCCCAAGCUCUAGGAUCCAGGGGGACAGACCCUGGGUACCAGGGGCAGCAGUCACAGGGCCCUUGCUCGUGGGAGAGGCAGGAGAGUGCUGUGGGGCUUCUGCCUGUCUGCAAGUGGCCUCUGAGCCUGGAGGGCGCCGUGUGAACCGAAGUCUUCUAGGGCUCUGGGGCUCUGUACAGUGCUGAGCCAAGGCAGCCUGGAAACCCUCCUCGCACUCUGACUUCAGUAGGCUUAUUCCACCUGUGCCCACCACCUGAGACCUCACCCCCCCACCAGGAGCAGGAUCCCUGGAAAGCAAAUGCAGAGGCCUGUCGCUGUGGACCCUCUGCCCCACUUUCUUGCUGCUGAGUGCAGAGGCUGGUACCAGCGCGUCACCACGGACCCCUCCACCUUGCUUCCUUGCUGCUCCAGUGUAACCCUCCCCACCUCUUGUCACCUUGCCCACUUCCUCUGGUCGAGCUUGGCCUCCAGCUCCAGGAUGGGCACUCUGGCAUCAGCCUAUUGCCCUAGACCAGGCCCCCCACCCUCCCCGACCUCUGCCUUGGUGCUGCCUGUACCGGACAUGUGGUCUUGGCUCCUAUGUGGCCUCUAUGGGCAGCCCUAGCUUUCCAGCUCCCACCACCUGGCGUAGCCCCAAGAAACAUCAGACCCAGGGGCCAGGCGGUUCAGAAGGGCUAGAGCAAGACGGCACUGAGGCUCUCUAGGAGGCGUGCGAGUUUCCCACUGCAGCUUAUCAUGCACCUACAGUCAAGCAACUCAGCUGUCAUCUUACUGGAUCUCACAACUGCCAUUGGAGGGGUGUGUUGUUACUUAGUUUACAUGGUGAACCUAUGUCACAGAUGAGUAAACUGAGCCCCAGAGAAGAUGAAUGCUUUGCUUGUAGUGCACUGCCAGUGAGUAUGGGGAGGAGGGGUCUCUAUGUCAGAGGAUCAUGCACUUUGUCAUGCAGACCCGUUAUGCAGGGAUCUUGCUGGAAUGCGGGCUGACUCAGCAGAUAAAGGGGUGCAGUAUCUGCCUUGCCAACCAGCUCCUGGGUGAUGCUGGUUGAGUAGUGAGGCUCUAGACCCAUGGUUCUCAAGCGUGGCUGCGCUUUAUAAUUGCCUGGGGAGAUUGAAAGAUGGCUGAGGCUGAGUCCCAGCCCCAGAGAUCAGAGUGCCACCUGUGCAUUGGAAGUACUCUUCAGGUGAUUCUCAUAGGUGGCCAAGGUUUAGACCAUGGCUUUUCAGAUGUCAGUGUGCACCAGGAUUCCCUGGAGUGUUUGUUAAAACCCUGAUUCCUGAGCCCCAUCCCCAGAGAGCCUAUUCUGGAGGUCUGAGGGCAGGGAGAACUUGCAUUCCUAAUACAUUUCUCAGUGACGCUGAUGGUGAUGGUAUAGGCACCGUGUUCUGAGAGGGAAGGCUGUACACACCAGUGGUUCAGACCAGCGGCAUCAGCAUCAUUUGGGAACUUUCUAGAAAUGCACAUUUUUGGGCCCUGUCCUAGACAUACUGAAUUAGAAACUCUGCGUUUCUUAGUCACUGUUUCAGCAAUCCUCCUCCAAGUAGUCUGGGUGCACCUGAGGGUUGAGAACUGCCAUGCUAGGCCUGGCAUGGUUGCACCUCAGAAGGAUCCCAGCUCCGUCUCCUCAGCCCAAGCUGGAAGGUGAGCUUGGUACCCUUUAGGAAUUGUGGCAUUUGGGAGGUUGAAGGCUGUUCUUUGGUUCACAGGGGACAGGUGGCCGACACCUGCUGGGUGUGACAGGAAUGACGUGGACUCAGCCUGGACCAGAUGAAUCACGAACUCCUCUCCCUUGCGUGAACGGUCGGAAGCAAGAACAUCUGUUCCAUCAUUCUCACUUUCGUGUUUUGUGCGGAAUAAGAGUUAAACUGCCAAAUCCUGUCAGACAGCCGUCUGUUGCCUCGGCGACACCCUGCAGCUGCCGGAAGGAGAGAGAUGGCGCUUCCAGGCACCAAGCCUUCACUCUCCAGAGUCUCAAGUGGGCUGUUUGGUGUCUUGGUUUUCUGUCUGGAAAGAGCGGAAUAGGGAGUCCCUCCUGCAGGGCCCCUGCAUGCCUGAGCAGCUCGUGUACAAUGACUGAGAAUGCUCUUGUGUUCCUCCACCCUGCCUUUAUGCAGCAAAAUGUCCUCUGCAUGCCAGUUGCCAUGCUUAGGUGCCAGCGGUCAGCAGCAAACCAGGCAGACAGCUGCUCUAGGUUAUGUCUCAAGUGAGAAAGUCUGUGGGACCCCCAGAUCCCUGGGGGAUCGUGCUGCUCUGGGGAGCCUUCUGCCAUUGCUCCUGCAUCUCUGUAGUGAGAGGAUUGAGGGCGCGUGCCCCACUUGCAUCCAUACCCACAGGGCUGGUGUACUUGUCAGAGCUCAGAUGAGCCGAACUUGGACAGAAGUGGUCUUUCUCAGAACUGGGAAGGGAGGACUUAAGAUGGACACCUUUCCACAGGACCCAGGAGACCUGCCAUCCAUGAGGCCAGAGCUUGUUGUCAGUCAGAUUCUGGGGUCUCGGCGAUGUGGUUUCCUAAGGGGAUAGCAGAGAGCCCAACAAGCAGGCUUGUGGUCCAGUCUAGUUGGUGGCCCUUGGCCAGUCCCUUUAAGAGAGAGGGAAGGGAAGGUGAUGUAAAGAGGAGAGCUGGGCCCCUAUUAGAGGAGGCCUGUAAACACAUGUGCAUGGGGCUCUGGACUCCGGGUUUAACAGGCCCUGGAGUGCUGGCUGGGCAAACUAAGUCCGAAUGAAGUUCCCAUAGACGUGGGCUAUGUCAGCGGAAGGGCUUUAGAGGGGUGCUGCAGAUUUAAGCCCAGGACUCAUUCCCUGUGCACCAAGAGCAGAACUGGCAGCAAGAGUAAGCCCAGCUGCAGCUGCUGGGGAAACCGAGGGACAAGGGGCCCCUGCCCUGGUCAGGUGACUCCAGAGUGGUCAGGCAAGAGCCUGCGGGUGAGGUCAUGUGACUGCGCCAGCAGCAGCUGGGACAGACAGGUGCUGAUUAUUGGGAGGACUUCAGUGGACAAUUUUAUUUUUAUUUUCAAGAGCAGGAUGUUGUCCAAAUGCCCCGUGAAGGUUGGGAAGCCAUUUUCACUGACUGAAGUGACCCCAACAUGCUGUGGGUGAACUGGGCUCCCCUUGGAGAAUGGUAUGUGUCAUGGUCGUUUCAGGACCUGAAUGUGGGAAAUGCAGGGUCCUGCCAUGGAGGGACGUCACUCCUGAGUGGUUCUGAGCCCCCAAGUCUAAGUGCCAGUCCAAAGAAGGCUCCAUGUCAUCAGGAGAGCCCCGAGGGGUUCAACCUGCUUCUGUUUUGCAAAACUGAGCAGACAGGUGUCCUGGAAGCCCCAGGGAAGUGUGGGGAUGUUGGGUUUCUAGAACCAACCAUUUAUUUCUCCCCCAUCCAUGGUCCAAGCAAGGUGUUCCCCGGGAUACAGGAGAGGCUUAGGCAGCCCCUGCCCCGGGGAGGUAGGUCAGAGGAGUAAAUGCAAGACAGGACCCCAGAAGAAGGUUCUCAGAGCUGAACAGCCCACUGAGGCACAAGGUCUUGAGUGGUACCCUAUGUUGGUGGCCCAGGGCUGAGAGGCUGAUGUGCAGUCCCUGCCACCACCCUCUGCAGUGGGGAUUGUGUUGUUCAUUUUAUAGACGUGGAAAUGAAGGCUCAGAGCAGUGAAUUAACUUGCCUAGUGGCACUCGGCUGUGAGCUGGGAUUUGAAUCCAGGACUGACCUGAAUUCAUUUCAUUCAUUGAUUUAGCAACUACUUAGGAAGGGCUGGUUGCCUGGAAUCUCAGCACUUUGGGAGGCUGAGGUGGGAGGAUUGCUUGAAUUCAUGAGUUCAAGACCAGCCUGGGCAACAUAGGGAGACCCUGUCUCUAAAAAUAAUCAAAAUUAGUUGGGCAUGAUGGCAUUUGCCUGUGGUCCCAGCUACUUGGAAGGCUGAGGAUGGAGGAUUGCUUAAGACUGGGAGGUCGAGGCUACAGUGCACCAUGAUCAUACCAUGGCACUCCAGCAUGGGUGACAGAAUGAGACUCGAUCUCAAAAAAAGGGAAGGGUCUUCUUUAUGCCAGGCCCUGUUUGAGGCACUGUGGAUUCAUGCUGAGCAAAAAUUCCUGCCCGUAUCAUCUGAUCAUCCCAGUGACAGCAGGAAGACUGGAGACAGCUAUCAAAGCAAAGCCACAUCUAGGGAUACCCAUGGAAGUGGCCGUGCAAAAAAGUACAGCAGAUAAGGGAGGUGGAACAUUUGGGGUAGGCCUGCUCUUUUAAACAGGGUGGUCGGGAAAGGUCUCGCUGAUACAGUGAUGUUUUAAUAGACGGGAUGGCUGGUGCAAAGGCCCUGAGGUAGAGCAGGUCAGAGUCUCCAGCUACCCGUGUGGCAGCAGCCACACGUGCGGGGGUUUGUGGUGGAGAAGACCAGCGGGGAAGUGAGGCCUGAGUUAAGACUGUGGCUUGGGCUCUGAGCUGGCUGCUUCUGGAAGGGUGAGAGGAGAGAAGCCAGAUGUGCUUGCUCUGGCACUGUUGGGUGGUCAGUCUGCUGACUGCAGGGGCUCUGGGCAGGAGCUGGGGAACCAGAGAUGAUCAAAGGACAGGGUCAAAAGACAGUCACUACUUAGAGAUUCGAACAGGGGCUGUCACUGAGACCUACCCAGCUUCAACAACAGGUGGACCAGGCUGGGCAUGGUGGCUUAUGCCUGUAAUCUCAGCACUUCGGGAGGCUAAGGCAGAUGGAUCACUUGAGGUCAGGAGUUUGAGACCAGCCUGACCAAUACGGUGAGACCCUGUCUCUGCUAAAAAUUAACCAGGUGUAGUGGUAGGGACCUAUAAUCCCAGCUACUCAGGAGGCUGAAGCAGGAGAAUUGCUUGAACCUGGGCAGUAGAGGUUGCGAUGAGCCGAGAUAGUGCCAUUGUACUCCAGCCUGGACGACAGAGUGAGACUGCAUCUCAAAAAAAAAAAAAAGAAAAAGAAAAAGGAAAAACCAGAUGAACCAGAAUAUCAACCUAAACAUGGAACAGAGGAGAUAAGUGACAUCAAACCAACUUUCCUUCCAAGUUCCAAAAGAUGUAAGACAUCAUAAAUAAACAGAAAUACAUUCAUGCCUUCUGGCGGAAAUCCUCCCUGGGCUGCAGCUCUGGGAAGAAGGAAGACAAGUCCUACCUCUCAGAGCACCGGGGGACCUCGCUCUUGGGGUUCCCUGCAUCCUGACUCCCAGCCUAGCUUGGCACAGUGGGGCUGUAAGUCGGGGGCUCCCCAGAGCGGGUUAGGUGUCAGAGUUGUGCUGUGCGACUUGAAAGCACCUGUAUUGUGUGACAAGAUUAUGUCUGGGGGUUGGGGGAAGCACUUAAACCUACUUAUGGUUUGGGUUUUCUUCUUAAAAAAGAUUGAAAAGAAGUCCCCUCUGUGCUCUUAGGAGGGGCCAUUUCCUCCCACUCUGUGGCACCCUCUGAAAGUCAUGAUUAGGCCAAGACGCUUUUCAUUGCACUUCAAAGAACAAUGCACAGUAAGAUCAGCAUUUUAAGUGGAGAAGGUACUUUCAUGCCCUCCCCCUGAAUAAAAGGGAUAGCUUUUGCUCUGGAAGGAUGGUGUGUAAUUAGCCAUGCAUUGUGUUGGGUGAAUACUAAAUGUCCCCUUUUAUUGUCAAUGAAACAAUGAUUCUUGGGGCCCUCGGGUGGUAGAAGGACCAGCCACUCCCACUGGGCUCCCUUCCCCCUGGCGACUUUCCCCUUGGAAGGCAGGUUCACUCCUGCCUGGCAUAAGAACUGGGCGACUGUGGACAAAUGAAGUCAUGGAGGCUCUGCGUUAAAAAGCUAAAAGGUGCAAAUGAGGGUUCAGAAUCCCAUUUUUCCAGCUCACUGGGCUGCAGUUGCCUUCCUCUCCCACCGUGCAGUGUUGCCAGGAAGCUGGCAGUGUGCUGGAUCUGUGCCUGCCACCCAUGUGGGUGGGGCCACGUGGAGGGGGUUUUGCCCAAAAAGACAGUCCUGAGUUUGUUUUUAAGUUUCUUUAUUCACUCAUCAAGUGUGGACGGUGCGUUUACUCUGCAAGCCAAGGCUGGGCCUGGGUUCUGGCUUUCAGCAAUGCCACCCCAACUCCUAUUUCCCCAGCCGCCAACCUGCGAAGAGGACAAGGACGCCAGGCCCAAGCUCUGCCCAAAAGGCAUUCUGCACCACUGUCAACGUCCUCAGCUCGCAGCUCCCGCCGUCACUCAAGCUGCCACCUCCUCUUGCCUGGAGUGUUGCCAUUUGGCAGUUGGCUGCCACAUGGCCUCCAGCGUCCUGGCUGGUGGGCACACCAGAGCCGGAGUGAUCUUCUUAAUUGGUAAAUUGGAUGUUGCAGCUUCACUGUUUAAAUCUUUUCAGUGGCUUCCCUUAGUACUUAGAAAAGAAUGCAACUACUUCUGCUGGGCUUCAUCCGCUCACACCCUUCCCCUCCACCCUCACUCUGGGUCAUGCUCUGUCCCUGCCCACCGUGCCUCCACCACUCACCUUUCACACCCCAGCACCCGUAACCUCUGCCCCUUGAUCGUGGCCUGGCUGGCUCCUCCACACUCGGUGUUCAGGACAAAUUCCCCUGGCCUCAGAGAGGUCCCUACCCCAUCUAGCCAGUCUCGCCCGGCCUUCUCUGUCUCUCAUGUUUUAUUUAUGGCUCUUGUUGUUUGCCAACUUGUUUGUUGUUGGCUUUUAACGUUCUCAGUCCCCACUGGAAGGCAAGUGACCUCCCGGGCUCCUAGAAUCCUUCCUGCCUCUUCACAGGCCCUUAUGCUGUGUGUGCUGCUGGAGUGAUUAGAUGAGGGAGGGAGAGGGAACGGUGAGUCCUGCCUUGGGACUGUGGGGCGCUGGCCUUGGUCUCAGACCUGAGGUUCUGAUUCACGGAUUCCCCGUGACCUUGGACAGAUCCUUUGUCCCAAAGCCUCAGUUUCCUUAUCUGUAAAUUGAGAAUGAUACGCGUGUGGCUAGGCUAUGUGGAGAAUCAAAUAAGGUAAUGAUGUAGAAGUGGCAGAUGGCCAACCUAGAGUGGAAGUUUGGUGAGUUUUCAUUUCUUCCUUUCUUGUGGAGGUGUGGGAAUAUUCCCUGAUCAAAGCAAAGGUCUCCCUCUCUUAAUCAUUUCCUGCCCCAGCCUUCAGAGUGAGCCUAAUGCUACCACCGUGCCUGAUGUUUAUGAUUUAACGGGCUUGACAGUUCCCUUGACAUCCUAGAGUAGCCUGUACUUCUGUUGCUCCCGACCCGCCUGCUAUAUCCACACCUACCUGAUGUACCUGCACACACCUGCUGUAUCUGAACUAACUGUCUAGAAAAGACAUCUAUGUUUUCCUGAUUGAAAGACAACUUUAAUGGGGCAGGUUGAAGACUGGGUGAUGGACAGGGCCAGGACCAGGGUGAGACAAGCAAGGUGCUAAGGUGCAAGUUUUAAGGAGGCCCCCCUUCACCUUCAGGCUUCUGCAAUCCCAGGAGCAGCCCCCAAGAGUGAGUGCUGCCUUUAAUCCUGCACUCUGGGCACCUCAUGGCCUCACCCUCGUUCCAGCCCUCUUCAUGGAAACUCAUGUUUGGAAGGAGAACCACUUCCCACCCAUUCUCAGACUCCUCCGGAGGGUUCCUGCCUUUGGAACACCAGAGGAAAGGGCCCACGGCGGCGUCAGUUCUGAGAGGACUGUUCCUGUCCUUUCCAGUGCUGGAUGCCCUGCAUGGAAUGCUUGUGUCCUGCGAAACUCGUAUAUUGAAGUGGGAUGGUAUUGGGGGCGGGGGCUUUGGGAAGUCAGGGUUUUAGAUGAGGUCAUGGAGGUGCAGCCUCAGCAAUGGGUUAGUGUCCUUAUAAGAAGACGAGGAGACACCAGCAAGCUUGCUCUUUCCACCACGUGAGGACGGAGCAAGAAAAUGGCCAUCUGCAAGUAGGAAGAGAGCCCACACCAGGAACCAAAGCCGCUGGCACCUUCACCUCAGACUCCAGACGCCAGAAUUGUGAGAAAUGAAUAUCUAGUGUGUAAGCCAUGCAGGGGUAUUUUGUCAUAGCAGCCAGAGCUGAUUAAGGUACUGGCCCAAACCAGUCGCCCUGUAACCUCUACCUAUUUCUCCUAUGUCCCCCACCCCCGGCUCACAGGGAAGCAGUGUCCCCUUCUUCAUGGCAAGCAGAGGGGAUCCAAUUCCUCUCCCACUUCUGUGGUCUCCAGGCCAGGCCUUACCAUAGGGUGGGGAGGGAGGGGCACUGGAGAGACCCUGUGACCAGGAGAAGUUGUUCAGGGAAAGUUGUAUGAACUGUCAUUAUCUAUGCGUGAGCUCAGUCCAGGGACCCAGAAAGCAAGCCAACACUCACAGGGACUCAGGAGAGGUGGUCACAACCCAGAGUGUCAGCGCCACGUACACUGGUUGCAGGAGCUCUGCAGGGUUCCCCCAGUCUGCGCUGGGUUAGCCCUGUUCUCUGGCUUAACGGUUCCCUCUUGAAAUGCAGAUGUAGCUUUUGCACAAAAGGUGAGACCUGCUCUCACCGUAAGGCCAUCCAGGCCUUGCUGCUGCUCCUUUAGAGCUGGAUAAUGGCCAAUGGCUGUGAUAACAACAAUAGUUCCUAAGGCUUCUGUUCUGUUUCCUUUCUACGAAAGCUCUGGAAGCGAAGUUGUACUUUCUCAUCCGGUGAUGAGCGUAUCGUUCUUCUGCAGGACAGAGAAGGAGGAGUGAGUUGUUCCAUUUUACAGAUGAGAAAAUGCAGGCACAAAUGGGCACUGCCUCCAUCAGCAGGUGGCUCAGGCUGAGUCCAGGCUCCUGCCGGCAUCCUCCUCUGUAAAAGGGGGUUGCUGGCUCCCGGGUGGUCACACACAUUUCUACCCUGGCUUCUCUGACUUCGCUCCCUAAUGGGUGCUGGCAUUCUGUGUCUCGGGUGAUGAAAGCCUAAACCACCUGCCUUGCCAGUGAUAGCCAGCUCUCAGGAUGACCCCUGCCCAGAGGAGAUGGACGUGGGCCCUCCUGGGAGAAUGGCAGCACCCACCGAGCAGCCCAUUGUCACUUUUGAUUUCACCAAAUGAAGCACAGUGAAAAUGAAGAUGAACAUCCUAAUCCCACAAUCACAUUAGUGCCAGUUCGGAAGAGUCGCAGGCCCCCAAGUCCCAGCGCUCAGGCUCUUCACAGAUGGUGCACAGAGCAUGUUCCUUCUCUAGGUGACUGGGCUUGGUUGCCGUCCAAACAGGAACUUGUACUUCGUGGAAGGGCUGGCAGGGUCCAUUUGGAGACUAUUUUGAGAUUCAGGGAUUAGGUAAACGGCAAUGAGAGCUGUUCAGAUUUUCCAGCCUGACACAAAUGAGGGAAACUGAGGCCCAGAGAGGUCAAGUGACUUACUCAAGAUCACACAGCACAAAAGUAGGCCAACCCACUUCCCAAAUCAUGUGGGGUUCUUUUCCCUCUCAGUUUAGUAGAUUUAGAAAGCGCCAAAGUUUAAUUACAAAUCUAACUAUGGUACAAGUUUUUUUUUUAACACUUUGAUUCAGUUAAAAAAAAAUCACAUUGGAGAUCAUUUUUAGAUUUCAUAUCGCUGUUGGAUCCUAAUUUGGUCUAGUUCAAGUUUCUGGACCCAAAACAACAGGGUCUGCCUGGAUUUCCUCGCUCCUCAGUUUGGCUUGUUCUGGGGAGGGAUACAAAGGCCCAUCCUUGGAUGAGGAGAGGCCUCCCACAUUGGCAAGCCCAAUGUCCCACUCCUGGAUGGCUGGGAGGGACGGGGCCAUGCUGCCCGCAGUAAGACUGGGCAUCGGCGACUCUUGGCAGGCGGAGGCUCCAUCUGCCCUGCAGUCUCCUCAUUUUCCUUCCUGUUGUGACUGCACCAUCAGCAUCUUAGGGUCUGCCUGUCUGUCUCCUGGGAGCCUGCAAGACAUUCAUAUAUCAUCCCAAGUUAUUGCAGCCUGUCACUGCUGAGGGAGCAGGUGGGGAGAGUGGCACGUGGACCCCAGGAAGUAGAAGGGCCUGAAGGAAGGGAACGGGGUAAUCCAAUGGGGACACUCCUAGAGUAGACUGUACCUGCACCCACCUGCUGUGCCUGAACCCACUGCCUAGGAAAAGGCCUCUCCGUGCUUUCCUGAUUGGAACAGAGCUUGGAUGGGGCAGGUUGAAGAUUGAGUUAUGGCCGGGCAUGGUGGCACAUGCCUGGAAUCCCAGCUACUCAGGAGGCUGAGGCUUGAGAAUUUCUUGAACCCGGGAGGCAGAGGUUGCAGCGAGCUGAGAUUGCACCACUGCACUCAAGCCUGGGUGACAGAGCAAGACUACAUCUCAAAAAAAAAAAAAAACUGAAUUAUGGAGACGGCAAGGACUAGGGUGAGAAAAGCAAGAUGCCAGGGUACAUUUUAAGGAAGCUCUCACUUUCAGGCUUUUGCAAGUGGAGAAGAAGAGCAAUGUCUUACCUGUAUCUGAGAAGCUGAAGGCAGAUUAAUCCCAGAUUCUACUUCAAUCCCUUCUGUCCCCACUGGCCACAGCAGAGGUGCAAAGGGGCAGCUGGUCACUGUGCUGUGAUUAUUGGCUCUGGCCCUUUGAAACUAUUGGCACAAUGCUUCCCUUUGGGAUCUGCUGUUCUCCUGAAGGCGAUGGUGGGGCUGGCACUCUCCGAAAGCCCUGUGAGGGCUGUGGAUUCCUGACUCCUGGAGCUGGCCCUGAGCUAUUCUAUAAAGGAGGGAAAGAGGAUUCUGAUCAUCUAGAUUCUUCCCACACCUGUAAAAUAAGAUGAAUACUGCCAGACCCACUGAAUUGUUGCAGAUUCAAAUAAAACAAUGUAAGGCUGGGCAACAUAGCAAGACCCCAUCUGUGUUAGGCCAUUCUUGCAUUGCUAUGAAGAAAUACCUGAGACUAGGUAAUUUAUUAAGAAAAGAAAUUUAAUUGGCUCAAAGCUCUACCAGCUGUACAGGAAGCAUAAUGUUGAGAUGUGCUUCUGGGGAGGUCUUAGGAAGCUUACAGUCAUGGUGGAAAGCCAAGGGGGAGUAGGCAUCUCAGAUGGUGGGAACAGGAGCAAGAGAGAGAAGGUGCCACACACUUUAAAAAAAAACAAAUCUCGAGAGAAUUCAUUCUCUCAAGGACAGCACCAAGGAGGAUGGUACUAAACCAGCGAUCCCCAAUCUUUCUGGCACCAGGGACCAGUUUCAUGGAAGAUAAUUUUUCCACAAAUUUGGAGGGAGGGUGGUUUCAGGAUGAUUCAAGAGAGUCAUGUUGAUUGGGCACUUUAUUUCCACUCUUAUUACAUUGUAAUAUAUAAUGAAAUAAUCAUACAACUCACCACAAUGCAGAAUCAGCGGGAGCCCUGAGCUUGUUUUCCUACAAUGGUUCCAUCUGGAGGUGAUGGAGACAGUGACAGAUCAUCAGGCGCUGGAUUCUCAUAAGGAGUGUGCAGCCCAGAUCCCCCACAAAAGGGUUCAUGCUCCUAUGGGAAUCUAAUGCUACAGCUGAUCUGACCAGAGACGGAGCUCAGGUGGUAAUGCUCGCUCACCUGCCACUCACCUCCUGCCAUGCAGCUGGCUUCCUAACAGGCCACAGACCAGUACCUGUCCAUGGCCUGAGGGUUGGGACCCCUGUGCUAAGAGGAGGCUCAGGUUUACUCAUGAGGGAUCCACCCCCAUGAUCCAGUCACCUCCCACCAGGCCCCACCCCCGGAGUGGGGACCACAUUUCAACAUGGGGUUUGGGCAAGGAUACACAUUCCAAGUAUAUCUCCAUCUCCAAAAAAAAAAACAAAGAAAAUUAGCCAGGCAUGGUGGCACAUGCCUGUGGUCCCAGCUACCGGGGAGGCUGAGGUGGGAGGAUAUCUUGAGCUCAAGCAUUUGAGGCUGCAGUGAGCUGUAAUCUUGCCGCUGCUCUUCAGCCAGGGCAACAGAAUGAAACCCUGUCUCAAACAAAAGAAAAGAAAGAUCAAAUGUGGUAAGGCAAGUUUCCGCACAUCACAAGGAUGCUGAAGAUAGGAGAGGUUCUGUGGUACUGACUCUAUGUGCUUGGUGGGGGUUUAUGACUACGCAUACAGCGAGCUCACUCAUGGAUGAUGUGGGUGGUAAGUGGGUCUCUUUCUACCCCAACUGGCUGCCUCCCAGGUCCUAACCCAUUACCCAGUCCCUUCAGAGCAAGAAUGUCACAGGGAACCCUGUAGGUGAACUUGGGCUCCCUUCCUGGCCUUUGAGGCAGCCCCUGAGGCAGGUGGGCUGAGGCCUGGGGUGGGG